CUCGCCGGAUCAACGUCAAUCCAAACUUCAAGCUUACUUCACUCAACCUCCAUCUUCUUUUUUCCUUAUUCCUUUGUUCUUCGCUGUCCGCCCUGGCCGUCUCUCCUUGACACCAAUCCCCUAUAAACAAGCGCGACCUCUCGAUCUUCGUCUCCGAUCCGCAGAGAAUACAUUCUUUUUCCUAGAUAAUCAUGUCGUCCUAUCUCGAAAGGCAGGCAAAUGCUUUCAAGGGCACCCUCUCAGCAGCCGCGACAAAGAUCUCAAAUCCAUCAACAAACAAGGCUUCAUCUCUCGCCGUCCCUUCGCUUGCUCCUCCCUCGCCAUCUCCUUCAGCAGCCUCCGAUCCAAAUACUCCUACUGCCAAGCGAAAACGAGAUGCAGGUCCUGAGGUGCCCUACUCUCAGCCGCAGCUCACAGGCUAUGGUGCUGGGGUCAAGACGCAGAUGACCUAUGCUGUCGAUUACCUGAAAAAGAAGGGCGACGCAAAGACCAUCACGGAUAUUAUCGACCAUCUGAGUUUGAGGAAUUUUGACGAUGAGCACAAGCGACAACUUGCGGAAGGUCUACGGGGCCAUCCCCGUGUAGAGUGGAAGCCUGAUGCGAACCUCAGCGAACAGACCUGGAAGACUGGUACCUAUGUCCACCGACCUAUCAUUCCUGGAGUCAAGGAUGCAACCAGCCUUCUCGCUCAUCUUCAAGCCAAGACAGACGCCUCAGGCGUGUCAGUAAAGGACCUCAAGGACGGCUGGCCCGACUGCGAAGACACAAUAUCAGCGCUCGAGCGCGAGCACAGGAUCCUAGUAGUGCGCACCAAAAAGGAUAACAUCCCGCGCUACGUUUGGCCUAAUGAUCCGUCGCUGCACCACAAGGUCCAGCCAGAGUUCCAGAGCAUGUGGCAGCGUGUGCAACUACCACCCCUCGAGGAGAUGCACCGGAAGCUUACGAGCGUCGGACAAAAGCCUACAAGCGAAGAUCCCCGCAAGGCAAAGGAUGGACAGGCCAACAAGCCCAAGGCUCAGAAGCGUCGCAAGGGCAACAGGAUCGGCAAGGCAACCAACGUGCACAUGGCGCAUCUCAUGCAAGACUACAGUGGCAUGCGACGAUAGGGAACGCGUGUAUCAUAAUUGUUUUCAUUUCAGGGCGUUAGGGUGAUGAGCUUGAGACUCAAGGGACGAAUCAUUUGAUUUGAUUUGAUUUUUAUUUGGCGUUUGGCGAUAAAGGAACCCAUUGAGAUUAAGGUCAAACAAAAAAGACAAAGGGCAUUAUGAGACGGACAUGGUCGGGUAGACGUAGGGAGCAAGGCAGCGGCAUGUUUUAAAUUAUUCAAUCAACAACAUUGUUCAAUAUCAAAAACUCCUGUCGCCUUUUGCCGUGUACGUGACAAGCCCUAUAUCUCAAUUGUGUAUCCCUCGCUUGCCAUGCCCUUUAUCCCAAGAUUGAUUUGUCUUUACCUGUUCUCUCGCCGUACCUUGUCAAACAAGCUCUCAAAGAUGUCUGACUCUUGAUACCCUCCAACCCGAAACUUCUUCUGAACCGUAACGCAAGGCACGGCUUCCACACCCGCUAUGGCUGCAGUUCUGACCUCGUCCUCGAGCGACUUCCCCAGACCCGGCCCCAGAAGCGCGGCUCUCAUAUCGGAAUCUUCGAGUUUGGCCUCUGUUCGGCCUACGUGCAUCAACCACGCUUCGUCAGCAAUGUCAGCCCCGUUUUCAAAGUGACCACGGAACAGAGCAUCAAGAAACGCAGACUGGACAUUUGCUCCACGAGUUUGAAGGGUCAAGGCCACAAGUCGGUGGGCAGGCUGUGAAGGCCCUGUCUUCCCAGUCACAGAGAAUUCGAUGCCGUGACGAGCACCGGCUGUUUGGAGUCGAGAAGUGAAGAGACGAAGCUUCUCUGGGGACAUGAGCUUUUCAUAGAGGGCACGCUUGUCACCUGUGACGGGUUAGAAUAAAUAGUGAGAGGUAGAGGGUAGAAGUACUUCUUCGUAGCGUGGGAUACAGAAGAAAGGGCUUCCAUGUGACAUCGAAUUCGACUUCUGGGUGGAGUGC